GUGGCCCGGUUCUGCCUGUCGGGGUCUCCUCCACCCGCUGCUGCUGAGGUCGCGGUGCGGCAGCGAUGGCGGAGGCGGCGCUGCUACUGCCGCCGGAGGCGGCGGCGGACCGGGACGCUUGGGAGAAGCUGGCUCUCUGGGACCGGAGACCGGACUCAGCGGCACCGCUGACCGACAGGCAGACAGACUCCGUACUGGAGCUGAAGGAGGCGGCGGAAAACCUCCCCGUGCCGUCUGAACUUCCGAUUGAAGACUUGUUCAGUUUAACGUCCCAUUCGCUGCCCGUCUCGCUGACUUCAGUAGUGCCUGAAUCCACCGAAGACAUUCUUUUGAAGGGCUUCACUUCCUUAGGAAUGAGGGAAGAGAGAAUCGAAACUGCCCAGCAGUUUUUCUCAUGGUUUGCAAAGCUACAAAGUCAGAUGGAUCAGGAUGAAGGAACUAAAUAUAGACAGAUGAGGGAUUACUUGUCUGGGUUUCAGGAGCAGUGUGAUGCUAUAUUGAAUGAUGUAAACAGUGCUCUUCAGCAUCUGGAGUCAUUGCAGAAACAGUAUCUCUUUGUGUCCAAUAAGACAGGAACCCUGCAUGAAGCCUGUGAACAGCUCCUAAAAGAACAGUCAGAACUUGUUGAUUUGGCUGAAAAUAUUCAACAAAAGCUUUCCUAUUUCAAUGAAUUAGAGACUAUAAACACAAAAUUGAAUUCCCCUACAUUGUCUGUGAAUAGUGAAGGAUUUAUACCUAUGCUGGCCAGGUUGGAUGACUGUGUAACAUAUAUCUCAUCUCAUCCUAAUUUCAAAGACUAUCCUGUAUACUUACUGAAGUUUAAGCAAUGUCUUUCUAAAGCUUUGCACCUCAUGAAGUCAUACACUGUGAACACACUACAGAACCUCACAAAUCAGUUACUAAAAAGGGAUCCUUCAUCUGUACCUAUUGCAGACAAUGCUUUCACACUAUUUUAUGUGAAAUUUCGUGCUGCUGCUCCUAAAGUCAGAACACUUAUUGAACAAAUAGAACAGCGAUCUGAAAAAAUACCUGAAUACCAGCAGGUCCUAAAUGACAUACACCAGUGUUACCUUGAUCAGCGGGAGCUUCUCUUGGGCCCUAGUAUUACUUGUACAGUAACAGAAUUAACCAGCCAGAAUAACAGAGACCAUUGUGCCUUGGUUCGCAGUGGCUGUGCAUUUAUGGUCCACGUGUGCCAGGAUGAACACCAGCUUUACAAUGAAUUUUUCACAAAACCAACAUCAAAACUAGAUGAACUUUUGGAGAAACUGUGCAUAUCGUUGUAUGAUGUCUUCAGGCCACUGAUCAUUCAUGUUAUUCACUUAGAGACUCUAUCAGAACUUUGCGGUAUUCUUAAAAAUGAAGUGCUUGAAGAUCAUGUACAGAACAAUGCUGGACAAUUAGGGGCAUUUGCAGCUGGUGUGAAGCAGAUGUUGGAAGAUGUGCAAGAGCGACUGGUCUACCGAACCCACAUCUACAUUCAGUCUGACAUCACUGGCUACAAACCAGCUCCAGGGGAUUUAGCUUACCCCGAGAAGUUAGUCAUGAUGGAGGAAAUUGCACAGAGUUUAAAAGAGGAGCAGAAGAAAGUACCCUCAGAAGCUUCGUUUUCAGAUGUUCAGUUAGAAGAAGCAGAGUCUAACAGUCUAAAAAAAUCUGGUUCUACGGACUCCCUCAAUCCUAGACCACAGACUACAAUUUCUCCAGCAGAUCUUCAUGGAAUGUGGUACCCUACAGUUCGAAGAACUCUUGUCUGCCUCUCCAAAUUAUACAGAUGCAUAGAUAGGGCAGUAUUCCAAGGAUUGUCACAGGAAGCUUUGUCGGCUUGCAUUCAGUCCUUGCUGGGAGCAUCAGAGUCUAUCAGCAAAAACAAGACUCCGAUUGAUGGCCAACUUUUCCUAAUUAAGCAUCUUUUGAUUCUUCGUGAACAAAUUGCUCCAUUUCACACUGAAUUCACCAUUAAGGAAAUUUCCCUGGACCUCAAGAAAACUAGAGAUGCGGCAUUUAAAAUCCUGAACCCUAUGACUGUUCCAAGAUUUUUUAGGCUGAACAGCAACAAUGCUUUGAUAGAGUUCUUGUUGGAGGGCACUCCUGAGAUAAGAGAGUAUUAUCUGGACUCUAAAAAAGAUGUCGACCGUCAUCUGAAAUCGGCCUGUGAGCAGUUUAUUCAGCAGCAAACCAAGCUGUUUGUGGAGCAGCUGGAGGAGUUCCUGACUAAGGUUUCAGCAUUAAAAACAAUGGCCAGUCAAGGAGGCCCCAAGUAUACACUCUCACAGCAGCCUUGGGCACAACCAGCAAAGGUCGGUGACCUUCUGACAAGUGCCUAUAAGACAAUAAAAGCAAAGCUGCCUUUGACAUUGAGAAGUAUGUCAUUGUACUUAUCCAAUAAAGAUACUGAAUUCAUCUUGUUUAAGCCUGUUAGGAAUAAUAUUCACCAAGUCUUCCAGAAGGUUUAUACUUUGAUAAAGGAAGACUUUAGCCCUGAAGAGAUCCAGAUGAUAGUUUGUCCUUCCAUGGAACAGUUGAGCUUAGUGAUCAUGAAUUCCACUUCAGAGACCAUUUAG